AUGGCUGAUGCCAACGCUGAAUGCAAUAUCAAGGUGUUGUGUCGAUUUCGUCCACUGAACCAGUCCGAAAUUAUCCGCGGAGAUAAGUUCAUCCCAAUAUUUCAGGGAGAAGACACUGUCAUCCUCGGGGGGAAGUCGUAUGUGUUUGACCAGGUGUUUCCCACGAACACCACACAGGAGCAGGUCUACAAUACUUGUGCCAGACAGAUUGUCAAAGAUGUGCUGGGUGGAUACAAUGGUACUAUCUUUGCCUAUGGGCAGACUUCUUCGGGAAAGACACACACCAUGGAGGGGAACCUUCAUGAUCCCAAGGGAAUGGGAAUCAUACCCCGGAUUGCAGAGGACAUAUUUGAACAUAUAUUUGCCAUGGACGAGAACCUAGAAUUCCACAUAAAGGUCUCCUACUUUGAAAUCUACCUGGAUAAAAUCCGGGAUCUACUUGAUGUGACAAAAACCAACUUGUCAGUGCACGAAGACAAACACAGAGUUCCUUAUGUGAAGGGCUGCACUGAACGCUUCGUCACAAGUCCAGAGGAGGUGAUGGAUGUGAUAGAUGAAGGGAAGGCCAACCGUCACGUUGCUGUCACCAACAUGAAUGAGCACAGUUCCCGCAGUCACAGUAUCUUCCUGAUAAACAUCAAACAAGAAAACGUGGAGACAGAGCAGAAGCUGAUUGGGAAGCUAUACCUGGUCGACCUAGCUGGCAGUGAAAAGGUCAGUAAGACAGGCGCAGAGGGAGCGGUGCUGGAUGAGGCCAAGAACAUCAACAAGUCUCUGUCGGCUCUGGGGAACGUCAUUUCAGCUUUGGCUGAGGGAACGAAAUCCCAUGUGCCAUACCGGGACAGCAAAAUGACUCGCAUCCUGCAGGACUCGCUGGGCGGGAACUGUCGCACCACGAUGUUUAUCUGUUGCUCUCCCUCUAGCUACAACGAUGCAGAGACCAAAUCCACCUUGAUGUUUGGCCAACGAGCUAAGACGAUAAGAAACACUGUAACAGUGAACCUGGAGCUCACAGCAGAGCAGUGGAAGAAGAAGUACGAAAAAGAAAAGGAGAAGAACAGGUCAAUGAAGGAGACUAUUCAAAGACUCGAGGCUGAGCUGAACCGCCUGAGGAAUGGUGAGGAUGGUGAGGGGCAGCUGAGCGAAGAAUUGGAGGAUGUCCCUCUGGCACCUUCAGAAUCGGAGGAGCCAGUUCUUGAUAUAUGCAGCCCCUGCAGCCCCUGCAGCCCAUGCAGCCCCUGCUCCAUUGCCUCCUCCAUUGUGGUUCAUAUUUCUGAGGAAGAGCGGCAGAAGUAUGAGGAGGAGAUCCGCAAGCUGUACAAACAGCUGGAUGAUAAGGAUGAUGAGAUCAACCACCAGAGCCAGAUGGUGGAGAAGCUGAAGGAGCAGAUGCUCGACCAGGAGGAGCUACUAGCAUCAUCCAGGGGCGACAGUGAGAAGGUGCAGUCAGAGCUCGGCAGGCUACAAACAGAGAAUGAAUCUGCCAAGGCGGAGGUUAAGGAGGUCCUUCAGGCCCUGGAGGAGCUGGCCGUCAACUACGACCAGAAGAGCCUGGAGGUCGAGGAGAAGAGCAUGCAAAACAAGCUCUUGGCUGAAGAGCUUUCGAAGAAAAUGGCUCACCUCAUGGCGUUGGAGGUGGAGCUGUCCCGUAUCCAGGAAGUGAGCAGCCACCAAAGAAAACGUAUCGCUGAGAUCCUUAACGGGCUCAUGAGGGACCUGAGUGAGUUCAGUACCAUUGUUGGAAACAGGGACAUCAAGCUGCCCAUGGAGAUCACCGGUGCAAUCGAGGAAGAAUUCACAGUGGCUCGCCUCUAUAUCAGUAAAAUAAAGUCAGAGGUGAAGUCCAUGGUGAAGCGCUGCCGCCACCUGGAAAACCUUCAAAUGGAGUGUCACCGCAAGAUGGAGGAGACGGGCAGAGAGCUGUCCUCAUGCCAUCUCCUCAUCUCACAGCACGAGGCAAAGAUCCGCUCUCUCACGGAGUACAUGCAGAACGUGGAAUUAAAGAAGAGACAGCUGGAGGACAGCUAUGAUUCUCUGACUGAGGAACUGGCCAAACUCCAAGCUCAAGAGAGCAUGUCACAGGUGACCAGCGGGGAGAAUCGCACGUCUGUCCAGAACGCCUCUGAUAUAAAGAGGGCUCUGGAGCAGCAGAUGGAGUCGCACCGUGAGGCACACAGCAAACAGCUUUUUCGCCUCCGAGACGAGAUCAAUGAGAAACAGAAGAUCAUUGAUGAUUUGACUGAUUGUAACCAGAAGCAACAGCUGGAGUUGGAGCAACUGCACAGUGACUUUGAACGUCUCCGAAGCCAGGAGCAUCACAAGAGCCGGCAGCUGGAGGAACUGACAUUUCUUCAUGAACGACAUGAGCAGUCAAAGCAGGACCUCAAAGGGCUGGAAGAAACUGUUGCUCGUGAGCUCCACACCCUGCACAACCUCCGCAAGCUUUUUGUUCAAGACCUCACGACUCGAGUUAGGAAAAGUGCAGCGAUGGAGCCUGAUGAUACUGGAGGAUAUAUCACGCAGAAACAAAAGAUCUCCUUUCUUGAAAACAACCUAGAACAGCUUACAAAAGUUCACAAACAGCUGGUGCGUGACAAUGCAGAUCUUCGCUGUGAACUUCCAAAACUGGAGAAGCGUCUCCGGUCUACAGCUGAGCGAGUCAAGGCACUGGAGGGUGCGCUGAAGGAGGCCAAGGAAGGAGCCAUGAAGGACCGCCGCCGCUACCAGCAGGAGGUGGAACGAAUCAAAGAUGUAAUGAGGGCUCGCACUCCCUUCCGCCGGCCUCACGCCGCACAGAUAGCCAAGCCAGUGCGUCCUGGCCACUACCCAGCCUGCUGUCCCACCAACCCCUUCUUCAUCCGAGGCUACAGCGAUCACCCGGUUGCCUUUUGCAACACAGUUUUCCACAACAGCAACAACCAACCAGCAGCUGCCCCAUCAGCUCCCCAAACACCAGAGGGUGAGCCCAUGUUACCCGAGGACAACUCCAACCCCACCAGCCCCGUCAAGCACAUCGACUCUCACAACAAUGACACGCACGACAACGAUGUUCAGAACACCACGUUUCCAGCUGAACCUGCAAUACAAGCCGACAGCAACACUUCAGAGAUGCUCGACUCAGAAAACGGAAACACCACAGAUAUCAAUGACAACAGAACUGAUGUCUGUGACAAUCAGGACCCAUCCAAACUCUACAGCCUGCAGCCCGAGGAAUCGGCCAGCUAAUAGUCCUGAGCAGGUAAGAAAAGUGGAGAAACUCCUUGUUUUUGAUGUUUUUGCUAAACAACAUAGUUAUAUGAAUCACAGAUCAGCAAUCAGCAAAGUGUCACUGAAGCGAAGUAAUAAUUGGUCAAUAUUUAAAUUUAAUGAAACACCUUAAAAAUGGUAUUAUACUCUGUAAAAUAGUUAUGUUCUCAUCAUUUGCUGCUAUUCUGUUUGUAGUCCCUGUGUGGAUGUAAGAGUUGAAAAAUAUAUUCUUUAUACUGUAUAACAGUG